UAUGCCUGAUGAAAGUGGAGUGACUGAAGUCCAUUACACACAUAAAGAGUGCGAUCGAAACAUCAUAACGACAACGUGACCGAUUCACCGCACAAUAUUAAAUUUAAUAUUUUCGAAAGAAUUUUUCACGCGUGAAGCCUGAAACUCGUUCCUAGUAACAAAAACGUUACUUUGUGACGAAAGUGACCGUAUAAAGAACGGAUUUUUUUUUUGACAAUAUAAAAUGUCUAAACGAGCUGCCGACGAAAUGGCCGCCCCAACACAACAAUUAAUCAAACGAUCGAAAUCUGAAAAAUUAACCCAAAAUUUGAUCGACUUGCACGAUGACUAUUUGGAAUCGAUUUUCAAGUGGCUGAAUCUAAAAGAUUUAUUGACCAUUGUCCGAGUCAGUAAACGUUUCGAGGAACUCGUCGGUUCGAUUAUUUCUAGACAGUACGCAAAAGAUUUGCUCAAAAUUACGCUUUAUGAAUAUGAUACAAUGGAUAAGGAUCCGGAUGUUCUCGUUCUGCGUGAAAUGUCUUCAAUUCUUCCGUUUUUACGCUGUUUCGGAAGCUCAACUUCGAAAUUGAUGGUCAGAUUCGAUGAAAAGAACCCUAAACAAUGCUUGGCAAUCGAAGACUAUGUUCUGAAGUUCUGCAACGAAUUAAAAGAGUUGACAUUGGAUUAUUGCCGAAAAGGAGCAUUCGACCGUAUCGAAAAACCAUUUCAGCAGGUGGAAAUCCUCAGUUUUACCGGUGGUCACCUGGGCCACAAUAUUUCCAAGUUCAAUAAGUGGUUUCCGAAGCUUCGAAGUUUGACCAUAUCGCACGCUAGUGUCGCCAACAAGUAUUGCAUCGAAGAAACAAUGCCUUCAUUGGAGCAUAUGAGUGUAAAAAUCGGAUCAGCAUCGAAAGUGUUUUCUAAACAAAAUAUUGACGGAUCGGUACGCUCAAAUCCGCAGUUACGGAGCUACAACUUAAACAAUGGUUGCAAGCCUCGUGAUCUUCGCUUUGUCAACUGUGAGUUGAAACAACUCGAAAAGCUCGAAUUUUGGAUUCAUCCACAGAAUUUCGAGAAAGGAUGUAUCCAACCGAUUAUAUUCAAAGAGGUGAAGGAAUUGACCCUGGACAUUUACGAUAAAGGAUUCAUGGUGAUGAACGACCUUUUCGAGCGUGAUUCUUCGAAAAAACAUCGAUUAGUUUGUCCCAAACUGGAACAGUUGGAGGUUCGCUGUUAUCAUUUAUACGAAAAAUACUUCGAUUUUGCUCGCGGGAAUAACUUGAAGAAAUUGACAAUGUUUUCCCAGUACGAUGGUCCAUCCAUUGAAUUCUUAACGGAAUAUGCUUCGCAUUGGCCGAACUUGACCGAAGUAACUAUUCAAGUGGAUAGUCUAAGUGCCGAUGACAUCGUAGAAUUCAUUGAAUCGUGCCGGCAUUUACAGCGACUCAACAUAUCUGAUGAACGGAAAGAUAUUGUUCCGAAAAUUGAGGAACUGAAAGCCAAGCUUCCACAGGAAUGGAAAGUGGUUUCCAUGAUCACGAAAUGCUAUUGCUAUGACUUCGAACACUCUAUCAUUCGUCAGGCGAGCGCUCCUUAAAUUUUUCAUAUUUUUUUUCUUCGUAUUUCAAUAUUUGAGUUUCGUUUUCGUUUUUGAUUUUUAUAAGUUGAAGAACUUCUUCUAAGUAUAUAACCAUAGCGUUAUCAGUCCUUGUAAAAUACAAAACUAAAUUUUUGUAUUCAUGAAUAAAUAUGCCAUUUUGUUG